AUGGUUAUUUUCCUUGUUUUUUCAAUUUCUUUUUUUUUUUUUGUUCUGUUUACUUCCAAGCAACUUGAAGGCAUGAAAAACAGUGUGGUGCGCACUCAACCUACUCGCCGCUAUGAGAAUUUUACACUGGAAAACAAUCUCCCUUUGUGCAUAGGUGCCAAUUUUCAUGAUGAUCCAAUUUGCUUUAAUACUCUUCGAAAAAGUCAUAAUCUUCUACUGCCCCCAAAAGUGGAUUACGCUCCUCAUACUGAGUAUAUUUACAACGGAGGUGGUCUUACCCGAGAUGGGAAAAAGAGGACACAAACUGCAGUAGAUGAGGAAAGUGAUGAUGAGGAUGUAUUUAAUGGAUGGACCAUUGCAAACUUUGAUGUACCAAACGGUGCAAAAGAUUAUGUGGUUCGUUUUCUGGCUUACUUUAUUGAAAACAUUCCCGAAUCUUCGACUGAAACAGCCAUAGUGAGAAAGGUUUGUAUUCGUUAUCAUUUACAGGAUAACAGUAUUUCAAUAAUAGAAGCGAAACAAGACAAUAGUGGCAUUCUGCAGUCAAAGAUAUUGUCGCGUCGACAAGUACCGAAAAGGAUGGAUGAAAUCAAUGAACUUAUCACACUUGAUGAUUUUAAGAUUGGGGGUUCAAUUGAAAUUUUUAAAAGAAAAUAUUAUAUUUUGGAUAUGGAUAUGCGAAGUCGAAUGUAUUACAAAAAAAUACGCGGUGAAGAGGUUCCAGACUCGUUACCUUGGCCAGGUGAACUAGAUAAAUUUGGAACCGAAAUGGAGGCUCAGCGUUCUAAGAGUACUCAUCGCUUGGCCACGUCUGAUGAUAUGGAUAGGAAGCGAGCCAUUGAACAACAGCUAACUGGUAUUUACACAAAACAUGCAACUGAGGAUAUCCUUGCGGCACAGAAAUUUUUGAAACAUAACAUAAAUGAGCACUUGACCUUUUUUGCAUUGUGGGAUGACCGUGAAAAUCUUAAAGGGGAUUUGCGUUUUUGUGCUAUUCGUAUUUAUCUGGAAAAUGAUACAUUUGAAAUUGUAGAGAGAAGGCCUGAAAAUUCUGGACGCGAUGGUGGUACAACAAUUCUGGGUCGCCAAAGAGUUCCCCGUCCUGGUGUUGAUCUUCAAAAGACUCGCUUUCAAGAACACACAUUCGGUGUAGUAAUGAAGCGUGACUUUCUUGUGGCCGAUGAUAUGCAAAUUGGUGAAACUUACAUCAUUCAUGGCAGACCGUAUUACAUUUAUGACGCCGAUUCUUUUACACGGGAAUAUAUGAAAAACAAAAUUGGUAUUGAACUUGCUCCCAAAGUUGAUAUUGAUCCAUUUGUUCAAGUUGAUUUGAAAGCACCUGUCAAAUUUUAUCCUCCUCCACCGAAUGGGUUUGGUAGUGAGCGUGAAAAACGCGCUAACUGGAUUACAUUGACAGCAAAACCCAAAAGACCUGAUUUUGCCAAAAUAGAAAAAGAGGAGGGACGCGUCUUACGUUUUCUGGCUGUACUGUCCAAACCACUGGUUCCAGGGGAUGAAAAGAGAAAAUUUGUGGUUUCGUUUCAUCGUGCAAGUGAUGAAAUUGAGAUUUUUGAAAAACCCGAGCGAAACUCGGGGUUCAUUGCUGGGCGGUUUCUCGCUAAAGGGGUACAUGAAAAAAGGAUGCCUGACGGCUCGAGUGUUCCUUAUUCCCCUGAAGAUUUUGAAGUGGGCAAGGAAGUUAUUGUCUUGGAGCGACCCUUUAAACUCAUUGCGAUGACUGAUGAAACCGAACGUAUUUUGGAGGAUAAGGAGAGCUCUGCUACAGAAACUCGAGUGAGGGAUUUACUACUUUUAUUUAAACAGCAGAUACAAUUGAAGUUUCUUCGUGUUCAUGAAGCUUAUUGCACGCUUGCCCCUAAUGGUGUGCUCGGUUACCGCCAGGUUCGUGAAUUUUUACGCUCUUGUAGCUGCACAAUAACCGAUGAGGAGGCCGUUUUGCUUGUGAAAAAUAUCGCUCCAGAUAGUACUGGCGUUAUCUCAUUUGACCAGUUUCUUAAGGUAGUGAAUGUCACUUUUUCGGGAGACAUGGAUGAGGCUUCACUUACGGUACGCUCUGUGAAAAGCGUCAAUAUGUCUAAAGAUGAAUCGCUUAAAUUGGUUGCAUCAAAUGCCGAAAGAACCAAACGGAGGCAAAAGUUGGCAGUUGAAUUGCGACAAAAGUUAAUACAGAGGAGGGGAACUACACAAGAGCAGUUUCGUCUUUUGGGAGGCUAUAGUACCACAUCAAAAAUGAAUCGCGAUGUUUUUCGUCAAUCACUCAAUAAAAUCAUGCAUUUCAAUAUGUCAAAGGAUGAUGAAGAUAUGUUGGUUUCUAUUUUGUUUGACGAUCGCGCAGAUGAAAACGGUGACAUCACGUACAAGCAGUUUCAGGAGUUCACAGAUCAGGAUAACACCUUGUGA